CACAAAAGUCACUGAAAAGUAGCAAAAGUCACCUUCGUCGUAACACCAAAAGUUACUUAUUCCAACUUUCUUACUCCCCCAACACAAACCCCAUCUGGAAAAACAUUACUUCACCACCGAAUAUCCUAUUUAAUCUUUAAUCUUCCCUGCCUGAAGAAACAGUUUGCGGUUUGACUGACAGAGAUUUGUUCAUAAUAAACUUAAAUAGUCGACCACAGCACAGUCCAUAGACCACCGCGAGGAUCCAAACGGGUCUCCAAUUCACCAAAUCUUCACAGGAGGGAGUUCGACACUCUCGAGCACAUACGCCGAGCAAUGGCCCAAUUCCUUGAUCGGUAUCGCAUUAUUGAAGCCCAAAAAGAAGAGUCUGUCAAUUUUAUAAAGGAUCUCCUUGUCUACAUUGAUAAACUCGAAAACGACCUCCGCGGCGAGAACGAUCGCCUUUCGAAAGAGCUAGACGACGCGCAGCUGGACUUGGAGGAUGCCAGACGUAGUCGUAGGGAGAUGCAGCAGCAGCUGAGUGUUACAAGCGCGCAACUGGGACGAUAUAAUACCGACAAUGAAUCUCUGAAGAACCGAAAUCCCUACAUAAUUUUGUUAAUUGACGGUGAUGGUACCAUUUUCCACGAAGAAUAUAUACGACAAGGACUCGAGGGCGGUAAAAAGGCAGCCAAUGCCCUCCGAAACGCCGCCCUGGAACAAUGCCCCAAUAUAUCAGACGACGUCGAAGUUAUAGCUAAAAUCUUUGCGAAUGUUUCUGGCCUGGCUAAGGCUAUGAAGCGCGUGGGCGUACUGGAUAAUGCCGAUGAUCUGCGCGAGUUCACGUUAGGCUUUACGCAGGGCAAGGCCUCAUUUGACUUUAUUGAUGUUGGGCAUGGCAAGGAGAGGGCGGAUUCAAAGAUUAGAGAGGCCACAAGAUGGAAUAUCCGAAACCACAACUGCAAACAAAUCCUCCUCGGCGUCUCCCACGACGCCGGCUACGCCCCCUUCCUCGACGAAGUCCUACGCGACGAAUCCACCACCCGCCGCGUCUCCAUCAUCGAGGGGACCCCCAUCGUGCGCGAGCUCGCCGCCACAGGCACCCGCGUCCUAAACUUUGACCAUAUCUUCCGCAACGACAAGCUCAUCGAGCGCCAAUCCCCCUAUAGCCAAUUCCAGCAGCUGUCGCACGGCGGCCUGCCACCGGCACAGCUCCAAGCCAUAGGCAAUGGUCGCAAUCAGAGCCCUACGCCGCCGAAUACCUGGGCGGGCGUUACUAGCAUUCCCCUUACUACGCCUCCACCGAUGGUUUUCCCCGUGACUCUCAAGAAUGGCACGUCUGGCGCUGCUGCCGCUGCCGCAGCCGCUGCGGUCAACAUUGUCACGCCGCACCCUAAACUCGACGACUGGGUCCCCGGAGACCGCGGUCUAGAUCCCACCCUCACCAUCUCGGCCGUCGUGCUAGAGCGCACCAAGCGCCGCGCCGGAAACACAAAACUAUGCAAUAACCACUACCUCCGCGGCCCGUGUCCCAAGGGCGACGAAUGCGUCUUCGAGCACAAACACAAAGCCAGCGAGGAGGAGCUCAAAGCCAUCGCCUACCUUACGCGAUUGAAUCCCUGCGUGAAUGGCCAGGAUUGCGAUGUCGAGUACUGCAUUUAUGGACACCAUUGCCCCAGCGUGGGGCUGAAUCUCGCGGCGUUUAUUUAUGUGCUGAGGCAAGACACCUGGCAUGUUUGAUUGAUGGUCGGGAUAUUUGGGAAGGGGGGGACAAGGGACAAACAAAUUGAGUAUGGCUAGGGAUGGUGGACAUAUCUUGAGUUUGAUCGAAGACAGAUUUGAAGGAGACGUGGAGGAUAUUAUUCUCACAUCGAGAAGGACGGGGACCAAACUUGAUCGAUAUGUUUGUCAUCCCAACGAAUGGGAUAUUACAUUACUUCGUACUUUAAACCGCUGAGCUUAGCUAGUUCAAAACAAAUGUCAAGAGCUACAAACGCC